CAGUACCAUUUAUCAAAAAAUAAAUAUACUCGACAAACUAUAACAAUUUAAUGCAGCGAAUCGGUUUUGAUUCUCUAACGGAAAAGCGAUAAAUCAAUUUGUUGGGUCUGUUGGACAUUAGGUUUGGUCGGACGUUCGUCACGUACUAAAACGGGGCUCAUAAURUGUACUACUGCGUACUGACGAAAAUAGGGUUUCUGGAAUGCAUAUGAAAAAUCCACGUUCCCUUUAUGUUCACGCAUAAAAUUAUUUGGUGACUCGUUCGAAGGCACUACGUYCGAGCACUAAUGUUCCAAAAAAAACAGUUUGCAAAAAGUAUCAGCAUAUAUGAACAGGUACAAGUAACAGAAUUGACCACGCCAUAAAAGAAAAAAGAGGACCACAAGCUACCUGGUACCCCCCGUUUAUCAAGAAGAAUGCCCGACUAUCCGAAGGACUCUCCCAGCGAGAACGCCCUUUACGUCUUCAACCGGCUGGUACGGAUGUCGACGGAAGACGACUUGUCGACCUGGAAACAGAACCAGGUCCGAAACUUUCUGCGCCAUGAUCAAGUCGACGAAAUUUUAGAGCUCUCGGACGAUUUCGGCAGGACGAUCCUGGACAAUGCCUGCAUCUCCGGCAACCUUCGAUUCGUCCAGCUCCUGCUGCCCAAGAACGCGAAGAUGCACAAGGCCCGGGUAACCAUGGCCCUCGUCUGUGCCCACAUACACGUCCUCGACUACCUACUGACCGAGAAGCCCGAAUACGCCGAAACGGAGGUAGUCUACGGUGUGGACAUCACCGAAACGAUGCCCCUUCUGAACUACUGUGCAAAGAUUGGCAACGAACGUGCCCUUUCCGUGAUACUGAGGCACGCGUACCAGAGCCCGGAGUCCAUCGUCACGUCCCUCGACAAGGCCGGGAACACACCCCUCCAUAACGCUCGAAAGGAAGAGGUGGCAGCGAUGCUSYUGAAACGGGCCGGCGACUUGUCGGUGCUGAAGGUCACCAACAAGCGGGGACAGGUGCCGAUCCAGGCCGUCAUGGAGCGCUUCAACACCGUCCAGCAGAGCAUCAAGUACGGGAACAACUCGGACCAAUUCCAGAUCGAUUCAGCCCUCCUGGAGAAGACCAUUAUCUUUUACCAGAGCAUCAUGAAGCGCAACAACAACGCAAGCGAUACUGCUCAGCCGUCCGGACGCGUUAACUUCGACGCUGAUGGAAGAGGUAGACAGGUGGCGGCCGAAACCAUGCAGUCUAUACUCCAGAGGCGCUACAACCAAAUCCUCCCCCCACGCCGAAACAACAUGAAUUUGUCGAAUCCGUAUUCGGAACAGCACUUUCUUUCUGCUGUUGCCGCGAGGAAGAGGGCCAUGCAGCAGCAGCARCAACGGGAUAGACGAUUCCCGCGAAACAUGAUGGGGAGAGGAAGCACACCAUCGAUGCAGCAACAGCAACAAUUCCUCCACGAAACACCCUUUAACCAAUCGUACUCAAUGGGAGAAGGCGCCUGCAUGGAUAACUACAAGAAAAAGAUGGCUACCAUGAACCGACAAGAGCGGAUAAAAGAUACAGCCAUCGCACUGACCGAAUAUGCCAGGGAAUGGGAUCCCAUUCGYGAACAACAACAGCAUCAACAGCAACAGCAAGAUUUCUUUUCGGAGAUGAAAAUGGGAAACCUCCCCUUCCCGUUCAAGAGCCACGGAGGUGGAUCGUCUGUGACGAGAUCCRCAGGCCGGGGCCAUCCCAUUCCGCACCAGCUGUCGUCUCGGGGGCCUGCGAUUCCCGCUGAGAGUUUCAGGAUGGCACGGGGCGGCAUGCGCCCCGCGUCGCCGCUCCCCCCGAGCAUCAUCCAGGGCGUCCUGGACCGGCAUUCCCCCGUGGAGGCAGGGGACAGUAUGCCCACCUCACCCACCACGACAAAACAGACCAGAGUAAACCAACGACUGAGGGAACAACACCAGCUGCAGCGGCGGCAGUUUUCACCGCGCUAGUGGACGACGAAGAACAAUUGCCUACUASUGCUACACCACUUYUGGGACAGGGACAGGGAGGUGUGUUCCGGAUCGAUGGAACGAUCUGUUGCUUCGGAACAUGCCUAUUAGAUGGRAGACACAAACGAAGUCACGAACCAUAUUGGGGAAUGCGAUGACUACUAGCUUGUGUCACUACUCGUAAUUCAUUGUGAGUGAAGCGUCUUCAUUUUAAACAAAGUAAUGUACAUUAU